AUGCAUUCGAUUCAAAAGAGUUGGAAACCAAACGGCGUGUUUGCAGAACCAGCUGAGGAGUUCAAGGCCAACCAGCUGGGUGCGACGAUCCGGUGGGACGAUUCAACACAAUGGGUGUUUUCCAUCGCUGGUCAGGCUGCCCUCAAGCUUAUACCAUUUUCUGCACUGAAUGACGUAGCACUUCUACCACCGAACGCAUUCGAACUAUCUCCAGUGCCGGGCGACUGUCAUCGUGAAGAAGAGCAGUCGGGGUCGUCGGGACCGCAAAGUUUUACAACAAUAGAGAAUAGGCGAGCUACAUAUUCGAGCCUAGAAAUACAGGGUACAGUUAUAAAUUCUUCAACCUUAUCCAUCACUCUUGCUCUUCAUGUGUCAUCCACACACGUUCAAACGGGCAAAUUAGCAGUGCCAUAUCUCUUUGUGGGCAAGGAAGAAGCUUCGCUUCAUGUCGAUGUGGAAGGGAAUUAUGUCACCUUUACCAAUUCAUACAUUGAUAUUCAGCUACCAGAACCAUUUCGGAUCCCUUACAGAGUCAAAUUGGGAGAGGACCGGAUCGUCAAUAACGUUAUCUAUGCUGCCAACGAAUUUAAUAGGUUAUUAUCUCUUUAUCCGGAGACGAAUGACCUUAUUAAAGACGUCAAAAUGGAAUUCCUCAAGCUACCGAGAGGGAAAGAUCAAGCUUCUAGGCCUGCUGUCCGAUUGGUGGGUGAAGAAAAUCUUUGCAUUGACGGCAAGGUCGACAUUAUCUCCAGAAAAUCCUC